AUGAUUAAGUUCGGUGAGAGUUUUGAAUGGCCCCGUGUAGAGGGUACGCACGUUGGAUACCAGAUUAAGGCGCAAGGGCGGCAUUGGGCUCGGGAUGAGGUAGUCGAGUCCUUGGACAAGGAUGGUGCUUGGAGUACCCUUCUCAAGGCUGCGUAG